AUGAUGCAAUACUUACUAACUUACGUAGAGGCAGAGCAGCAGAAUUAUGUUGACCAACAACCACGGAAGAUCCAGUCUCCUACUAUUAUCGCUGAUUGUUCAAAAAUCUAUGAGAAUCACUACUUGAAACUAGACCACUGGAGAGCAGCUAUUCUAUUUCUUAUGCUCGAGGCAAAUGGUUUCCAGAAUGUUAUACCUUCUUGUAGAGAGCAUCGAGAGAACCUGAUAGCAAUAGCGUACCUUCUUGCAGUUGGAGUGGCUCAGAGGCUGGCCUUUCUGCACGAUUGCUCCUCAGGUCCCAUUCUCCAUCUGGACAUCUCGAGCAAAAGCAUAUUGCUCAAGUCUCUAAAGGAACCUCAGGUGGGAGAUAUCGAGCUCUGCAAGGUGAUCGAUCCCUCGAAGAGCACCGGCAGCCUCUUAACUGUUGCGGGUUCUGUAGGGCAUAUUCCACCUGAGUACGCAUACACAAUGAGGAUGAUGACAGCGGGAAACGUCUAUAGCUUCGGGGUCGUGCUAGUGGAGCUCUUAACUGGGAAGCCAGUGGUCAGCGAGGGAACUGAGUUGGCCAAGUGA